AUGUGGAAGGAGUCUCCUCCAUACUGCGAUUGUCGUCUGCCGAAACUCAGGAUCGAAAACGUUGGAAGCUCUCUCUGGCGCGUCUACGUUCACGACUCGAAGGGAGAACCGGUUAUAGAGGAAGACGAUGAAAAAGAAGUUGAGUUAAGCAUUUCUUUAAAAUAUAGGCUGAUGAACGGAUAUGAAAUGGCCAGUGGCCUUGUGUUCUACCAGAAUGAAGGAACGGCCAAUGAAGCCGACGGCAUUGCUGUAUGUGAGCAAGGAAUGAUUUUGGCAACGGCUGAUUGUGUUCACACUAUCCCUUAG